GUGAUUGGAAUUUUCCACACGCUCAAAUCUCGUUGGACUGUCCUAGUCCAGUCAUUCGAACAGCAACACGUCGACGGCGGAGCUUGUGCACUUUUAAUAAUCCUAAACAAUUGUUUAUGAUCUUAGAUUCAUCGGCUAGUUUGCGGAAGGCAGUGUACAUUUGUUAACGUCGUCACCCUGAUACUCGUUACAGUCAAGCGACAGACUGAUAGACAAUGACCAAGGGAGAAGACUCUCACCUGACAAUGGCCCUUUCUCACCAGAGUGAUGGGACCAGUGGAAGUUUUGAUCAGAGCAGCCCCUCAUCCUACUACUCCAGGAAUAGUUAUGAAAGCAGCCCUGCCUCGUCUUUUGGCAGUGACAGGGGCCGUCACAGGUCUUCAUCCAGCGGUGGUUCCUCCUCUCGUUCCAGGUCCCGCUCUCAUCCUCGCUGCCACAGACAUUCCCAUUGUCGCAAUCAUCGUAGAUACAGCCGCAGCCGCCACCGUUCCUCACGCCACUACAGAGCACACUCUCGAUCCUACAGUCGCUCACCAUCACUGGACAGGUAUCACAGGCACCGUAGACACUCCAGUUCCAGGUCCCACUCAAGGUCUUCACUGGCAAGGAGCAGAUACAGCAGGCCUCAGGCUCAUUUUAAUAGGUUUCCAAGAUCACGAUCCAGAUCCUAUAGAAGCCCCUCGAGAUCCUCAGGGAGUUCAGUCAGCUUGAGUUUGGAAGAUAAGAGAGAACUCUUAAAAGCUGCAAAAACCAAUGCCAUGAAACUGCUUGGAGUGGAGAAACUGGAGCUUCCUAAGAGUGUGAAACCGAUACUCUCAGAGCAAAUUGAGGAGCCUGACUGGGUGUUACCAGAGUCUGAGCCAAGGGUGAGACCACGACCCGAAAAGAUGUCAUCACAGCAGAGCAAUGAAGCAGAGGCCAUUAUCAUCAAUCCAAAGAUGACCACAAAAACAAAAACCAUCACUUUCAGCAUCAAUAAUUGUGUGGCCAAGCCGACCAUCGCUGUACCAACUACUGUCAAGGUAACACCCAGAGAGGACACCUAUGAAAGCAGCAUGCCCUAUGGCCACUGGGUCCCAGUGAUGAACAGCAAGUCCUUCAGGGCACGUAAACAAGUCCGCAAAAAGUCAAAAUAAAGUGGAACACCAAGAGGACACUGAACAUAUUGUAAAUAUUUUGUAAAUACCAGUUGUUUCAUAGUGACAUUUUCUUUCAGAUGAUUUGAGAUAUAAUUUGGAAGGAGUGAAGAAAUCAUUGAGGUGGGAUUAUUUCUUUCCCUUUAGUCCUGUAUUUUUGCUGUUCAAAUAAAGUAUUUAUUGAUGGAAAACCUUUGUGUCAAUUGUGAGAGCUCUAGAAUAAUUACCUUGCGAUGUGUGUAAAAGAAAAAAAAAAAAAAACAAUGUCAAAUACAGCCUGAAAUUAGAUUAAAAAUCUGCAUUCAAGAUUUGAAAGGCAUACAAUGGAGAUGCUUGAGACUUUGGUCUGCUGUACUGCUCAUAGAGGCUGACGGUAAAGAAACAACUUAAAACCAUAAGCAUAAAUUGUGGAAGUGAUGGACAAAGUACAACAAAUUUUCUAAAUUUGUAAUCUUGAACUAGGAACCUAGCGAGCUGCAGUGCAGGCAAGCCUGUUCAAUGGGGUGUCACAUGGUGUUGGCAUAUCCUGUGGUUAAGUUUUAGGAAGUGUGUUGAAAAACCCAUCUUCCUGAGUAAAAAUGGCCGAAUUGGGUUCCUUUAUAAGAUGCUGUGGUUGUGGCCACACAGGUGACCUGGCCAAUUAUUGACGCGUUGCACCUUUUUCUGCCCAGUGGAAAUAUUUGUACUUUUUGGUUAUCUUUUAAGUUUAAAAAUAUGGAAUAGAUUAACCACAAACAAAAGGCCUCAGAGAUAAUGAUACUGCCAGGAUUCUUGUUUAAUAGGAGCAAGUCAGUUUUUGUAGCAAAAUAAUUUGUAUAAAUAUACAUUUUUCAAGCAUUGUCCCUUUUUCAACAUAUAGUAAUUCUGUCAAAGAAUUUAAAUCCUGCACUGAUAAGUGAUGAGACAAUUGUGUAAUCUCUUGUCCAUUCAGUCAAUGGGGAAACAUUUCCUUUGGCCUCCAUGUGGUCCUGGAAACUUCUGGAGAAGCAAUUUUGAACAAGCAACUAUUACUUUUUCAUUUAUGCCAGGGGUCUGCAACCCAAAAUGUUGAAAGCUGUGCUUAACCACAAAAGGCCUCAGAGGUAAUGAUACUGCCAGGAUUCUUGUUAGAUAGGAACAAGUCAGUUUUUGUGGCAAAAUAAUUUGUAUAAAUAUACAUUUUUCAAGCGUCCUUUUUUUUCAACAUAUAGCAAUUCUGUCAAAGACUUUAAAACAUUGUCCUUUUUUUUUCAACAUAUAGUAAUUGUCAAAGAAUUUAAAUCCUCUACUUAUAAGUGAUAAUAGGGACAAUUGUGUAAUCUAUUGUCCAUUCAGUCAAUGGGGAAACAUUUCCUUUAGCCUCCAUGUGGUCCUGGAAAGUGCUGGAGAAGCAGUUUUGAACAAGCAAUUAUUACUUUUUCAUCUAUGCCAGGGGUGGGCAACCCAUAAUGUUGAAAGAACCAUAUUGGGCCAAAAAAAACGUCUGAAACCGCAAAAAAAAAAAAAAAAAGCCUUUAAGUUAUAAUGGAGGCAACACAUGCUGUCUGUAUCCAUAUUAGCUAUAUUAGCCUACCAUCAAAAAAAAAAAAGUUGGCUACAGAUACAUAAUGAGCCUUCAUUAGUAAACAUCUAUUUUCCCUGCAGUGCAUCCUGCAGAGAAUGACGCACCACGUGCCCAGUGCAUACUCUGUUGUACAAAGCUGCCUCAAGUUUAACUUCAUUACAAUAUUAAUGAAUUGGAAGAAUGUGCCUUGUUUGUCCUCCUACAGAAACCAUAUAAAUAAAUAAAAAAAAAUCCCCCCUUUUUACAUUUUCCCAAAAUUUUUAAAAAGCUUCAGGGAGCGACUAGGGCAGCGCUAAAUAGCCGCAUGUGGCUCUAGAGCCGCGGGUUGCUGACCCCCGUUUUGGUUUCAGACGUUGACACAUCUUAAAUUCGUAAGUAAUAAUCCUUCACCAAAAUAGGAUCCCUCACAGGUGUCGAAUGUCAUGCUGGCAAAAAUAUAAGACCCCUCUAAUUGUGUAGUAUUACUGAAGCUUUUUAACAUGCAUGAAGGUGAAGCGAUUUGACUUGUCUCUAUAAACCUUGAUAUUCAUCAGUCUGUUGCACACCAAUGAAAAGCUAUAUGUAAUCCACUAAACAAGAAUGGAUUUCAUUGGAGGACCUCUCGGACAACACCACUGAUGGGUUUUCAAAAGAAACUCCAGAUGCUCCGCAGCACUAUCUGCAAAAUAUUCUGAACCACUUAAACAACUUGAGUUGCACCCCAUACAGCGCCCCUGUGUGGAGGGGGGGGGGGGGGGGAUAGACGAAUAUCACACAAUAUAGUACACUCAAAAGUCAUGAGGUUCUCUGCCACCUUCCAAUUCUAGGAGUUUGAAUUUGUGAUUGGGCCAACCAGUCUCAACACACUGAACGUUUUUGCAGUUUCUAUCAUGUCCACUAAACGUCACUAUUUUCCCAUAGUUGCUAUUAAGCAUAGCGGCAGCCACGCUUGCAUUCCAUGUCGUUUUUCUUAAUUUCUCAUCAGCCAUCCCCCGCUGUAAAUCAUCACUUAUCUAAAAUAUAGUAACUAAAUUAACUGCUCAAGGUUAGCUGAUGUUAGCUUUUUAAAUAAACUAUCAAGUAGAAAAAAAAAUAUUUCAUUGCAUUCAUACACGGUUUAAGAGCCAUUGACAAGAGUCAUGCGACCCAAAUCUUUGUAGCGAAGUCGCCAAGUAAUUCAAAUCAGUGGUUAUCUAGUAGGGGUACACUAAUGGCAGGAGGUGGAAAGAAUGUGAGAAACUGGCAAAAACAUAAGUGAAAGUGAAUUGUCAUAUGAACCAUGUGCACAAUUGAAUAUUUAGUGGAAAACUCUUCUCACCAUGUAGAAAUGGAAAACUCAUCUCACCAUGUAGAAAGAAACAAGGCCUGUCAACUCCGUGUGCCCUUGUCGAAGGUAGCAUGCCCCCAUUAUCAAACAAAUUUGGAUGAGUGGAAGUGUGUUUGGGGCAUGGGAAUGACCUGCCAUUAAUCUUACCAGUCACAAGGCUCCUGCCUCAGGCACGUUGGUCAGACAGAGAUGGUGUAGAUGAUAAUGAAUUGAAUUAAGCUCUUGUUGGUUGUUACCACAGUGCACCUACAUCAAACAGAUUUGUCAGCUAGAAAUUGCCAGCCAACAAGCCUCGAGGUUCGAUGUUUUUAAUGGUAGUCAAUUCUCACGCUCAAAAUGUCAGUCAUGAGACCACACACAAAACAAAAAACUUGUGUUCUCAACUCAAGAAUCACUGAAAGUGGUUUACUUGUUUAUUUAAAAAUAAGGGCAAUAAUACUUCAAUGCGUGUUCUUAUACCGUACACACAACAUUUAACAAAUACAUCAUAACGGAAAAAUAUGCAAUAUAUCUACAACAAAAAGCAAGACACUUCAGUUUUAAGAGUUCAUGAUUCAAACUUAAACAGCAGUGCCUCUCUCCAGAUUCUGCUUGAUCUCUGCAGUGUAUUUGCCAUAGUAUCUUUCAGCCUUCUUGUUGAACUUGGCGUUCCUCUCGUUAAUGUAAUCAAUGUCCGCGUCGUCGUUGUAGGCCCUGCGUCGGCUAUAUUUGGACCGCUUUUCAAUCCUGCACAACAGAUAAAUACACAUCUUAAGAGGAUGAUUAAACAAAACACUGAUAAAACCUUAAGUCCUUUCAGAAAAGAUGAAAUGGUAAAAACACAACCAGUUCCUUUAACAGGGUAGUGGUUAAAUCAAGCAACUCCUCCUGAUCAUCCCUUCAAAAGGACCAUUGGCCUCUAUCAGCUACUUGCAUAAGGUGUCAAUUGCUUCAGAAAACCCAAUUUAUGUACUUCGUCAUACAUCCCUAAAUUGUUUAAUAUUUUGUUGAAUGUCAAAUACUUUUAAAAGCCUGCCUUGUUACAUUUAUUUACCAAAUACAUCAUUUGUACACAGUUGCCUUACCAAAACAAGCAUCAGAACAGCCCAAAGGAGUUCCGAGGGGAUAGUAUAAUCUGGUCCAUCUGCAAGGAUUUUUAAGCAUAGUAGUAAUGCUUUUGACACUU